AUGGAGACACAGGAACGGUCGGGGUCCGGCAAGGAGAAGAGCAAGAACGGAAAGUCUAAGGCAGGAGGUUCAGGCGCAGGUGCAGCUAUGGAGGAGGUAGACAAGGAUGCCCCCUUGGGUUCCUCGUGGACCGGGUUAUGCGCGCCAUCAACCGCUCCAACCGCAAUUCCAUUCCCCUCACAUAUCCUCCUCCCCUCCGCCCCGUUCCUUCCCCCCCUCCGCCCCCUUCCCCAACUUUACCCCACAGGCCCCCUCGGGUUCCUCGUGGACCGGGUAAUGAGCGCCAUCAACCGCUCCAACCGCGCGCUCCUGCGCUCCACCUCCCGCUCCGCCAGAACCUCUGCCGCCCCCCUCCGCGCGGAAGCCAGCGACAGCAGCGCGGCUAACAGGGGAGGGGGAGGGGGAGGCGGCGGAGGCGGCGGAGGCGGAGGGGGGGGAGGAGUGGGAGGGGUGGGGGUGGGAGUAGGGUGUAUGUCGCUGGAUGAGCCUUGCUCUCCCUCCUCACGCCCCUCUUCUGCUCCUGGGCAUGGGGAAGGUCCCUCUCCCAGCUCUGCUCUCCCAGGGGAAGUUGACAUUUCGAAUUCUGUCCCUCGUCCCACCUCCUCCUCCUCUCCCGCCUUCUCCUCCGCACGAUCGUUCUCCAUCCGACGGCUGCUGUCGCGGACGUCCGCGGGGUCGGCAACUGCGGAUCCGGCGGAGGGGACGGGAAUCGGCAGUCCCAAGGCGAGCAUCAAGGGGAAUGACGUGAGGAGAUCGCCCCGCACGUCUGCUGACAUGGCUGCUCUGCAGGCUCUAGGCCUGGGGUCGGACGCACGCAUUCUCUUCACCCCUGAGAGCGUAACAGCGCUGGAGAAGGCGAUGGGGGCGCGGGACAUGGCUCUCAUGAACCCCGUGCUCGUGCAGUCCUCCCUCUCCUGCCGCCCCUUCUACGCCAUCCUGCACCGGCAAACUCACUCCUCCUCCCCCCCCUCCACCGCCGCUGCUGCUGCUGCCGGUGCUGCUGCGAACGGCAACGGGGAAAGCAGCGCCCCUGCUGCUACCGGCAAGGUCAAGCGCGGCACCAUUCUCAUUGACCUAGAGCCGAUUCUUCCCUCCGACCCCGCUGUGAACGGUGCGGGUGCGCUGCACUCCCACAAGCUCGCCACACACGCUGUCUCACGCCUGCAAGCCAUCCCCUCUGGAAGCAGCCUCGAUUUACUCUUCCAGGCGCUGGCAGAGGAGAUUCGGCAGCUCACAGGAUACGAUAGAGUCAUGGCGUAUAAAUUCCACGAGGACGAACACGGGGAGGUGAUUGCAGAGGACCGGAAACGCCCCCUAGAAUCCUACCUCGGGCUACACUACCCCUCCACAGACAUUCCCAAGGCGUCCCGGAUUUUAUUCUUGAAGAAUCGGAUCCGCAUGAUCUGCGAUGCGAAAUCGAAGCCAGUGAAGGUGGUGCAGGAGAGGGGGUUUCUGAAGCAGCCGGUGAGCCUGUCCACGUCGACGCUGCGGGCGGUGCAUGGGUGCCACGCCCAGUACAUGCAGAACAUGUGCAUUUCUGCGUCCCUCUGCCUGUCUAUAGUGCUCAGGGAGCAGGAGGCUCUGCCGGCGGCGAUUGGAGGGAGAGCGGGCGGGGGCGGGGCGGAGGGGGAGGAUGGGGGAGGAGGAGCAGGGGGAGGGGGAGGGGGGGUGUUGUCGACGCUGGAUGAGGUGAAGGGGAGGCGGCUGUGGGGGAUGAUUGGGUCGGGUGUGGUGCUGGUGGGUCGAGAAGAGGGGUGUGUGUGUGAAGGGGAGGCGGCUGUGGGGGAUGAUUGUGUGCCACCACACGUCUCCGCGCUCUGUGCCCUUCCCUGUGCGCUCUGCAUGCGACUUCCUCAUGCAGGUGUUCACGCUACUUCCCCCGCUACCCCCCACCGCCAGGUCGCCAAGGAGCUGCAGCUGUCCCCCCACCCCGCUUCCCCUCGCUCACACUCCCCUUCCUCUCCCUCCCCCAAAUGCCAACCACGCCAGGUGUUCACGCUGCAACUGGCCAAGGAGCUGCAGCUGGCGGCGCAGCAGAGGGAGCAGCAGAUCCUGCAGCUGCAGACGCAGCUGUGCCACAUGAUGCUCGCCAACGCGCCCCUCCACGCCCUCAUGGCCCCUGACGCCCGCCCCUCCGUGCGCGACCUGGUGGAGUGCGAUGGGGCUGCUCUGCUGGUGGAUGGGGAGUUCUACUCCUCUGGGACUGCUCCCACCAAGGAACAGGUGAGGGAGACACAGGUAAAGGUACCUUUUGGCCCUUGCCCUUGCACUGCCUGCCUUCCACGCCCUUGCACACGCCCUGGCACUGCCUUCCGCGCCCUUCCGCGCCCUUCCAUGCCCUUCCACGCCCUUGCACACGCCCUGGCACUGCCUUCCGCGCCCUUCCGCGCCCUUCCAUGCCCUUCCACGCCCUUGCACACGCCCUGGCACUGCCUUCCGCGCCCUUCCGCGCCCUUCCAUGCCCUUCCACGCCCUUGCACACGCCCUGGCACUGCCUUCCGCGCCCUUCCACGUCCUUCCACGCCCUCAUGGCCCCCGAUGCCCGCCCCUCCGUGCGUGAUUUGGUUGCCUGGGACGGCGCUGCCCUGCUGGUGGAUGGGGAGUUGUACUCCUCUGGGACUGCGCCUACCAAGGAACAGCCCACCCCAACACCACUGGGCUCACCAUAAACAGCCUCCUGGCGGCCGGCUAUCCCCUAUGCAAUCUUUACCCUGCCUCACUCCCCUCACCCCUCUUCACUCCCUUCCACCGCACUCCACCCAGGUGCUCUCAAUCAUCGAGUGGAUCCAAACGGCCCACCCCAACACCACCGGGCUCACCAUCGACAGCCUGCUCGCGGCCGGCUACCCCCAGGCAGCCUCCCUCGGGGACUCCGUCUGCGGCGUAGCAAUGGCCCAGAUCGGCGAGUCCGACUUCAUCCUGUGGCUGAGAUCGCACGUGCAGAAGCAGAUCCACUGGAGCGGCGCGAAGCAAAAGCCCGGGAAGGCCCCGAAGGACGAUGUGAAGAAGAUGAACCCGAGGCAGUCGUUUGAAGCGUUUCUGGAGGUGGUGAGGCAUCGGUCGGCGCCAUGGCAGGACCUCGAGGUGGAUGCGAUUCACUCGGUGCAGAUCAUUCUCCGGGAUGCCGUUCACAGAAUGCGCCUUGGGGUGCCUGUUGGCGGAGGGGGCGCGGCUGCUGAAAUGGCUCUCUCUCCCGAGGAGCUGGACAAGCUGUACGCUGCCACCUUCGAUCAGCUCGUGCACUUCAUCGAGACGGCGUCUGCGCCGAUCCUGGCCGUUGAUCGCGAGGGGUGCAUCACGGGGUGGAACAACAAGGUGGCGACGCUCACAGGGCUGCCCUUCUCUGCCGCCAUCGGGAAAUCUCUAGUGGACGAUCUAGCCGACGUGCAGUCCAAGACGCAGCUUCAUGCCGCCCUCGACCUCGCCUUCCAAGGUCGCGAGGCACACAACAUUCAGCUGCGGCUGCACUCGUGGGGAACGGAGCGCAGCCUCUCCGGCCCCUCGGCACGCAGCGCCAGCACUGGCAGCACCGCAGCUGCUGCUGCUGCUUCCGCCACAGCCGCAGCUGGCAGCACUGCCGGCGGUGGUACUGCUGGUGCUGCUGGUGCAGCAGCUGACGCCCUUGGGAUUGACGUGGGGUCGUCUGUGAUCCUAUUGGCCAACACGUUUGUGAGCCGCGAUGCGCAGCAGGAGGUGCAGGGGGUGUGCUUCGUGGGGCAGGACGUGACAGUUGAGAGGGUGGUGAACGACAAGUUCAGGAAGGUCAAGGGGGACUAUGAAGCGAUUGUGCACGCGCACAGCUCCCUCAUCCCCCCCAUCUUCGGCUGCGAUGAGUUUGGGCUGUGCACGGAGUGGAACGCGGCAAUGGAGCGAGUCACGGGGUUCACGCGCUUUGAGGUGUGGGAGCGCAUGCUCAUAGGGGACGUCUUUGGCUCCCUCUGCCGCAUGGAGAGUGGCGAUGCCAUGACGAAGCUCAUGAUCGUCAUCAGCAAGGCCAUGGCUGGCCACGAGGCUGUGAAAGUCCCGUUUUCAUUCCUGAAUCGGCAGAGAACCCUCAUGGAGCUGCUGCUAUCUGUGCACCCCAGGCACUCAGCAGACGGGAACUCAGUCGUCGGCGCCUUCUGCUUCCUCCACACGGCCUCUCUUGAGCUCCGGCAAGCCGUCGACAAGCAGAAGACGGCCGAGAAACUCGCCUCGGACAAGGCGAGGCAGGUGGCAUACGUGAGGGAGAUGAGCCGAGGGCCGUUGGAUGGGCUUGCGUACUCGUUUGCGCGGAUGGAACAGAUGGGGGCGGGGUUCUCUGGGAAGCAGGUCCCGUGGGUGCGCACGAGCGUGGCCCUGGAGACGCAGUUGCGGAAGAUUGUGAGCGACACCGACAUGCUGGCCAUUGAGCAGGGCCAAGCACCGCUCGCCACGCUGCCAUUCACCAUGGAGACCGUGUGCGGGGCAGUCAUCAGCCAGGCCACGCUCCUGGCCACUCGCAAGGGCGCCAAGCUCACUCUUGAGCUGGGCAGCGACGUCAAGACGCUGCCCCUGUGUGGGGAUGCUCCUAGACUGCAGCAGAUUCUGGGAGGGCUGCUGUGUGCGGCAGUGGGUCACACUCAAGCCACGGGGCUGGUGAAGCUGGAGGUGACUCAAAAGGGGUCGCGGCUCUUUCGAGGGACGACAACCAUGGCUGAACUCGAUAUAAGAAUCUCUCACACGGGGCGGGGUCUACCAGAGGAGAUAAUCCAAGACAUGUUUGAUUCCAACGCUGCCACCACCUCUACCGCCACUGCCACCACCACCACCGCCACCACCCCCACCGCUUCUGUUUCUGCUGGUGAUAGAAGCUUCGGCCGGGCGAGCAGCGAUGGCGGGGGCAGCGUGGGAGGCAUGAGCAGCGGGAGCGGUGCGUUAAGGAGCAACGCAGAGGGCGUGUCGCUGAGCCUUAUAAGGAAGAUGCUGAAGAGCAUGAAGGGAGAGGUGGUGUAUUCGAGAGAGGCUGGGAGGUGUUUCUUCUGGGUCCAUGUGGAUUUCCCCUUGUCCUCCGCUUUACGGUGGGGCGGUGCCGCUGCUGCUGGUGCUGCUGCCAGUGGUGCUGGUGUUGUUGGUGCGGUUGCGCCUGGUGCUCCUGCUGCCCUUUAA